AUGAUGCUUCGAAUCCGCAGCAGAGACGGACUCGAACGCGUCUCCAUCGACAAUCCAAACACCACAAUUUCCCAACUCAAAACUCUAAUCCAAAACCAACUCCAAAUCCCUAUCCAAAACCAAACCCUCUCUACUAACCAAAACCUCCUAUUAGCCAAAUCCCCUUCCGAUCUCCUCCAAUUCUCCGACAUGUCAAACCCUAGUACCCCUCUCUCUUCCCUCAAUAUCUCUCACGGCUCCAUUAUUUUCUUAGCCUACGAAGGCGAGAGAAAUAUUGCGGGCCCCGCUGUUCACCCUGCUGGUUCUUUCGGCCGUAAGAUGACAAUGGACGAUCUAAUUGCCAAACAGAUGAGAGUUACUCGCCAAGAAAAUCCGCACUGCGAUUCGGUGUCGUUUGAUCGCGAUUGCGCUAAUGCGUUCCAGCAUUAUGUUAAUGAAACCCUGGCGUUUGCGGUUAAAAGAGGUGGGUUUAUGUAUGGAACGGUGUCGGAAGAGGGGAAGGUUGAAGUCAAUUUCAUAUACGAGCCGCCGCAGCAGGGGACUGAAGAGGUUUUGAUGCUUUUGAGAGAUUCUGAUGAAGAAAAGUUAGUGGAGGCUAUUGCGGCGGGUUUGGGGAUGAGGAGAGUGGGGUUUAUUUUUACGCAGACUAUAAUGCAAGACAAAAAGGAUUAUACUUUGUCCAACAGGGAGAUUCUUCAGGCGGCGGAGCUGCAUGCUGAGAGUGAGUUGAAGGAGUGGGUUACUGCGGUGGUGAAGUUGGAGGUGAAUGAGGAUGGGGGAGCUGAUGUGCAUUUCGAGGCGUUUCAGAUGAGUGAUAUGUGUAUUAGGUUGUUUAAAGAAGGAUGGUUCGAGACAGAGAUUGGGGAGGAUGAGGAUCCUAAGUUAUCUAAAUUGAAGAAGGAUGUAGUUGUUGGUAGCAAGGAUGUUAAGGAGGUUGAUAAUGAUUUCUUCUUGGUCGUUGUCAAGAUUUUGGAUCACAUGGGCCCUCUGUCAUCAACCUUUCCAGUUGAGAACAGGAUCACCCAAGUGACAAUGAGAGCAUUGAGGAGUCAUCUGGACCGCACAAAGAAUCUUCCAUUCGUGAAGAGAAUUUCUGAUUUUCAUCUCUUGCUAUUUCUGGCCAAGUUUCUAGACCUCAAUUCUGAUGUUCCGGCAUUGGCAGAGUGUGUGCUUACACAGACAGCAGUACCAGAAGGUUAUCUGCUCCUAAUUGAGUCCAUGGCUAGUACUUCUUGA